UGGCUUGCUGUCAGCUGAGCGAGCUGGGUGAAAAGUCAAUAUUUCCUAUUACCAUAGUGUUUUUUUACCUGAUAUAAAUAGGCAAGGAAAAUUUAAUAAUUCGAGAAUUUUAAUUCUUUAGAUAAUGUUGGAAUCCAUAGAAAUGUAAUAUUUUCGUUUAUAUUUAUAUUUUUUCGUUCUUGUCGCUACCAGCGGGCGAACGUACAAGUGUGAAAUUGUCAAUAGGAACUGCCGUUUGGUAUAUUUCGUUUCGUCAAGAAUGUGAAUUAGUGAAGGUCGCGUCGAGUGUAACCAAUUACCUACCGUCUCUGUGUCAGUCGAGCGACGCGCGGCGUUUACGUAACGAGCCAACCCCUGCGUCGCGCACUGCGUUACCAAGAGGAAGACGAAAACAAGCAGUACAAUGCUAGCGCGAGCUGUGUGUCUACGCGCCGCGGCCGCCGGGCCGGGCCGGCGCUCCACCUGCAGCGUGGUGCAGCCGCCGCAGCUGCAGGACUUCUGCGUAGCCAACGAGCCCAUCCUCGGCUAUCGCGCCGGCAGCCGCGAGCGGCACGAGCUGCAGUGUGAGCUGGAUCGCAUCAGCCAAAUCACCGAGGAGGUGCCCAUCGUGGUGGGCGGCGAGCAAAUUCGCGAGGGCGAGCCGCGCUUCCAAGUGGCGCCGCACAAACACGGCCUCAAGAUUGCGCAGUUCUACUACGCCAGUGAGAAGACCAUCCAGAAGGCUAUUGACGUGUCGGUGGCGGCGCAGGUGGCGUGGGACCGCACGCCGCUGGAGGAGCGCGUGCGCAUCUGGACGUGUGCCGCCGAGCUCAUGGCCACCAGCUACCGCCAGUCCCUCAAUGCUGCCACUAUGCUGGGUCAGUCUAAAACAGCUAUACAGGCUGAAAUUGAUGCUGCUUGUGAGCUAAUAGAUUUCUUCCGAUUUAAUAUUUAUUUUCUGAAAGAAAAUGCUAAAUACCAGCCCAUAUCAGAGGAUCCCUGUACAACACUUAACUCACUACGAUUCCGAGGUAUUGAUGGCUUCAUUGCUGCUAUCAGCCCUUUCAACUUCACAGCCAUCGGAGGUAAUCUUGCAUACACUCCUGCACUCAUGGGAAAUUGUGUACUUUGGAAGCCUUCUGAUACUGCCCUACUGUCCAACUGGCGCAUAUUUAACAUAAUGCGUGAGGCCGGUCUGCCAGAUGGUAUUGUCAAUUUUGUUCCUGCCGAUGGACCUACUUUUGGAAAGGCUAUUACUAAAUCUAAAUAUCUCUCCGGAAUCAACUUUACAGGAUCAGUGCCCACAUUCAACUGGCUGUGGAAGGAGGUCGGAAACAAUAUUGACAAAUAUCGUAAUUACCCUCGACUUAUAGGAGAGUGUGGUGGAAAAAACUAUCACUUUGUACAUCCAUCAGCAGAUGUGGACAUGGUGGUGGCUUGUACCAUCCGUUCAGCCUUUGAAUAUUGUGGUCAAAAGUGCUCAGCUUGCAGUCGCAUGUAUGUGCCUAAAUCAUUGCAUGCUGCUAUUGUCCAGGGAUUGUUACGUGAGCGUGCCAGGCUGAAGGUAGGUAACCCACGGGACUUCAGCACAUUUAUGGGAGCUGUUAUUGACGCGAAGGCAUAUGCUCGCAUUACAGGCUACAUCAAAAAUGCCAAAAAGAACCCCAAGAAUAAAAUCCUUGGUGGUGGUGAAUAUGAUGACUCUGAGGGAUACUUCGUACAACCAACUAUCAUCGAAACUACAGAUGUACAUGACAAGCUCAUGGUAGAGGAAAUCUUCGGGCCUGUCUUAACGAUCUACACAUAUGAAGACCAGUUCCUUUUCCAAACACUGGCUCACGUCGGUUCCAGCACACAGUUCGCACUGACGGGCGCUGUAUUCGCUCAGGACGAAUGCUUCCUGGCCACGGCUCUAGAAGAGCUGCGAAUGACAGCAGGCAACUUCUACAUUAAUGACAAGUCGACAGGCUCUGUGGUCGGCCAGCAGCCGUUCGGUGGCGGCCGCAUGUCCGGCACCAACGACAAGGCGGGCGGGCCCAACUACGUGAUGCGCUGGACCUCGCCGCAGUCCAUCAAGGAGACGUUCAAGCCACAGCUCGCCAUCGACUACCCGUACAUGCGCGAGACGUAAUCAGUAGACGUCACCUCCACACAACGCGCCCCCGAUAACAGCGCGCGCGCACCGCGACUAGAUAAUAUCCACUACAACACUAAGCGAAUGGAUGUUCCCGUAACGUUAAUGAAUUGAACAAUAACUAGCUCAUUAGGCGUAGAUAUGACGUAGAAGUGUUAUUAGGCGUAUACUCGACUGCUUGAUGUUGGAUUCUCAAACUUCCAAAGUAUUUUGUUCUCUUUCAGUAUUAUUGUCUAUGUGAGCAUUUCUACACUAGGAUUUUUACUGUAUCUACAUAAUAUGAAGUAUUAUGUAGUAUUUACAGUAAUUGUUAUUGAUUAAUUUAUUAAAAUGAUGUAUAAUAAUAUAUAUAUGAAUUCACAAAUUAUGUCUCAAAGUUACAUAAUCAAAAAUUAGCAAAUAAUUGAAAUGUUAUUGUUAUUACCUUAAAAUAUGAUGAGAAAUUAGAUGUAAGUCUUAACAGUACAUAGAACCAACUUUAUAUCGUGUUGACGGGCAUGGAACAGAGGUGCCCUGAACACGCGCGGGGCUGCGGCCGCGGCGCCACUGCGGACGUUAUCCAGUCAUAUCGUACUAUUUGCUCGCCGCUUAUCAUUUGUCAGUGUUCAAGUAUAAAUUCCUACACUUAUCAUAACGCUUGUCUGCUCUCUCAUAUUUUCACGUUACAUUCUGCAUUUACCUAUGUACUCACCUUCCAAGUCUAUUUUUAAAUAAUUCGACUCCAAUGUUCUGGCUCUUAACUAUACGUAUAUUUUACAUUUAUUUUUAGAUUGAUCUGUUGUUUUGUUGUAUAUUUAAGUUUAUUUUCUCAGUUGCAAGUUCCUGUAAUUUUUGAUUUAAUGUUAUUUUACCCGACAAAUGUAAUUUGUAUUAUUUCAAUAAUAAAUAAAAUGAUAAAAAUAAA